GCCCGCGCCCCUCCCGCCCGGCGCCGCCGGCACCAUGGUGCAGAAGUCGCGCAACGGCGGCGUGUAUCCCGGCCCGAGCGGGGAGAAGAAGCUCAAGGUGGGCUUCGUAGGGUUGGACCCCGGCGCGCCGGACUCCACCCGGGAUGGCGCGCUGCUCAUCGCGGGCUCCGAGGCCUCCAAGCGCGGCAGCAUCCUCAGCAAGCCGCGCGCGGGCGGCGCGGGCGCAGGGAAGCCCCCGAAGCGCAACGCCUUCUACCGCAAGCUGCAGAAUUUCCUCUACAACGUGCUGGAGCGGCCGCGCGGCUGGGCCUUCAUCUACCACGCCUACGUGUUCCUGCUGGUGUUCUCCUGCCUCGUGCUGUCCGUGUUCUCCACCAUCAAAGAGUACGAGAAGAGCUCGGAGGGCGCACUCUACAUCCUGGAAAUCGUGACCAUCGUGGUGUUUGGCGUGGAAUACUUCGUGCGGAUCUGGGCUGCGGGCUGCUGCUGCCGGUACCGCGGCUGGAGGGGGCGGCUGAAGUUUGCCCGGAAGCCCUUCUGUGUGAUCGACAUCAUGGUGCUCAUCGCCUCCAUCGCUGUGCUGGCCGCGGGCUCCCAAGGCAACGUCUUCGCCACCUCGGCGCUGCGGAGUCUGCGCUUCCUGCAGAUCCUGCGGAUGAUCCGCAUGGACCGGCGGGGCGGCACCUGGAAGCUCCUGGGCUCCGUGGUCUACGCCCACAGCAAGGAGCUGGUCACCGCCUGGUACAUCGGCUUCCUGUGCCUCAUCCUGGCCUCGUUCCUGGUGUACCUGGCGGAGAAGGGUGAGAACGACCACUUCGACACCUACGCGGACGCUCUCUGGUGGGGCCUGAUCACCCUGACCACCAUCGGCUACGGGGACAAGUACCCCCAGACAUGGAAUGGGAGGCUCCUGGCGGCCACCUUCACGCUCAUCGGCGUCUCCUUCUUCGCCCUUCCUGCCGGCAUUUUGGGGUCUGGCUUCGCCCUGAAAGUUCAGGAGCAGCAUCGGCAGAAGCACUUUGAAAAGAGGCGGAACCCUGCUGCAGGCCUGAUCCAGUCCGCCUGGAGGUUCUACGCCACCAACCUGUCCCGCACGGACCUGCACUCCACGUGGCAGUACUACGAGCGCACCGUCACCGUGCCCAUGUACAGUUCUCAAGCUCAAACCUACGGGGCCUCCAGACUGAUCCCCCCCCUCAACCAGCUGGAGCUGCUGCGGAACCUCAAGAGCAAAUCCGGACUCACGUUCAGGAAGGAGCCGCAGCCGGAGCCGUCCCCCAGUCAGAAGGUCAGUUUGAAAGACCGUGUCUUCUCCAGCCCCCGAGGUGUGGCCGCCAAGGGGAAAGGGUCCCCGCAGGCCCAGCCGGUCCGGCGGUCACCCAGCGCCGACCAGAGCCUGGAGGACAGUCCCAGCAAGGUGCCCAAGAGCUGGAGCUUUGGGGACCGCAGCCGCGCACGGCAGGCCUUCCGGGUCAAGGGCACCGCGUCUCGGCAGAACUCGGAAGAAGCCAGUCUUCCCGGCGAGGACCCCGUGGAUGACAAGAGCUGUACCUGCGAGUUUGUGACGGAGGACCUGACCCCGGGCCUCAAAGUCAGCAUCCGGGCCGUAUGUGUCAUGAGGUUCCUGGUGUCCAAGCGGAAGUUCAAGGAGAGCUUGCGGCCCUACGACGUCAUGGACGUGAUCGAGCAGUACUCGGCCGGCCACCUGGACAUGCUGUCCCGCAUCAAAAACCUGCAGUCCAGGAUAGAUAUGAUUGUGGGCCCCCCACCCCCUUCAACUCCCCGGCACAAGAAGUACCCCACCAAAGGACCCACGGCCCCUCCGAGAGAGUCACCCCAGUACUCACCUAGAGUGGACCAGAUCGUGGGGCGGGGCCCGGCCAUGACAGACAAGGACCGCACCAAGGGCCCAGCCGAAGCCGAGCUGCCGGAGGACCCCAGCAUGAUGGGCCGGCUGGGCAAGGUGGAGAAGCAGGUUCUGUCCAUGGAGAAGAAGCUGGACUUCCUGGUCAGCAUCUACACACAGCGCAUGGGGAUCCCGCCCUCGGAGACGGAGGCCUACUUCGGGGCCAAGGAGCCGGAGCCGGCGCCCCCGUACCACAGCCCCGAGGACAGCCGCGAGCACGGGGACCGCAGCGGCUGCAUCGUGAAGCUCGUCCGCUCCACCAGCUCCGUGGGCCACAAGAAUUUCUCUGCACCCCCCACCCAGUGCCCACCCUCCACCUCGUGGCAGCAGCAGGGCCACCCGCGCCAGGGCCACGGAGCCUCGCCCGUGGGGGACCACGGCCCACUGGUGCGCAUCCCGCCGCCGCCCGCCCACGAGCGCUCGCUGUCGGCCUACAGCGGGGGCCACCGGGCCAGCACGGAGUUCCUGCGGCACGAGGACGCGGCGGCGGCCGGCCGGCCGCACGAGGGCGCGCUGCGGGACAGCGACACGUCCAUCUCCAUCCCGUCGGUGGACCACGAGGAGCUGGAGCGUUCCUUCAGCGGCUUCAGCAUCUCCCAGUCCAAGGAGAACCUGGACGCUCUCAACAGCUGCUACGCCGCCGUGGCGCCCUGCGCCAAAGUCAGACCCUACAUCGCGGAGGGCGAGUCGGACACGGACUCGGACCUCUGCACCCCGUGCGGGCCGCCGCCCCGCUCGGCCACGGGCGAGGGCCCCUUCGGCGACGUGGGCUGGGCCGGGCCCCGGAAGUGA